AUGCCAAUUGACCAAGAAAAAUUAGCCAAAUUACAAAAAGCUUCCGCUAACAACAAAGUUGGUGGUACCAGAAGAAAGAUGACCAAGAAGACUGGUUCAUCAGCUGGUGCCCAAAAGGAUGACACUAAAUUACAAGCCCAAUUAGCUAAAUUACACGCUGUUACUAUUGACAACGUUGCUGAAGCUAACUUCUUCAAGGACGAUGGUAAUGUCUUACAUUUCAACAAGGUUGGUAUUCAAACUGCUCCACAACACAACACAUCUGUCUUCUACGGUAUCCCACAAGAAAAGAGUCUACAAGAAUUAUUCCCAGGUAUCAUCUCUCAAAUGGGUGCUGAAUCCAUCAAUGCCUUAACUCAAUUAGCCAACCAAAUCCAAGCUCAACAACAAGCCGGUGAAAAGACUGAAGGUGCUGAAGAAGCUAAAGAUGACGCCAUUCCGGAAUUAGUUGAAGGUCAAACUUUCGAUGCUGACGUUGAAUAA